AUGGCUUCCGCAUCGAGCGCCGGAAGGCUGUGCGCGCUGGCCUGCCGGAGGGCACUUCGGGUACCUCGGAUGCCUCGAACACAACCAAUUGCCUGGCGGGCACCGGCAGCGAACCGCGCAUUUACGUCCUCCCCGCGACAGUUGGCGGACAAGAAUGCCGAUCAGGACGGAGAGGAUGGUGAUGGUGGAUUAUACAAGACUCUGGACCUGAAGCUCAUGAAUAAGUCUUUCCUAGAGAGCGUCACGCCCGAGAGCUUAAAACAACUGGAUGAGCUGGCGAAGAGCAACGGCUACACAUCCGUGGAGGAGUACCUCGAGGCGACAUUACGGGAGACACCAGGCUGGGCGUCAGAGGACAGAGCACUGGAGGAGGAUCUUUACAGAGAUGAUGUUGGCGAGAAACCGAAUAAGUCGUCUUUUUGGUUCGACGAGGACGACCCCGAGACGAACUCGGAGGAACACGAUGAGUUUGAUGAAGACGAUAUCACGUCCAUGGCACACGGGAAACUAGACGAGAUGCGAGAUAUGAGACAUUAUGCUCGAUUGGCAAUUUGGGAGAUGCCUCUUCUUGCCAAAUUCGCGAAACCAUUCGUUCCCCCUACAGAGAAACAGGUUCUGAGGUGGAGAUACACGACAUACAUGGGCGAAUCCCACCCUGCGGAGAAGAAAGUGGUUGUGCAGUUUGCUCCCGACGACCUUGGACUCACAGACGUCCAGGCAGAGAAGCUGAAGAAGCUCGCCGGCCCUCGAUACAACCCCGAAACGGAGCUCGUCAAGAUGGCCUGCGAGAGCUUCGAGCACCAAGCACAGAACAAGCAGUACCUGGUCAAUCUGGUCAACGACCUAAUCACCGCCGCCAAGGACCCCAAGGAUACCUUUGCGGACGUGCCGCUGGACCUGCGGCAUCACAAGUUUGAGCCGAAGCCCCAGUUCCCCAAGGAGUGGCGGCUGACGGAGGAGAGGAGGAAAGAAUUGGCAGAGCAUAGACAGCAGGCGGCGAUUGCGGAUGCGAAGAGGGCCGAGGAUGGGUUGCUGGUGGAUGGACAGAAGUUGAUUGACAAUUUCUUGAUACAGAAGCUGGCGGAGGAGCAGGAGAAGGAGAAGGUUGCGGAGCUGGUGGCUGCGGCGCCUAGGGGGAAAGCAGCUGGCGGAGCGGCAAGAGGAGCCAGGAGGUAGAAGGGGAAGGGGGAAACUAUCAAGAUGAUAUGCGUACGAUUGCUUUUACGAGCAGGGGAUGAAGGAAAAAAAAAUGUAUAGGAAAUGUAUGUAUAAUAGAGGAUACAGGCACUACUUGCUUGGGCUGGGGAGGCGAUUGGAUGUACAAUAUGAAGAAAGCCUGACGCCGAAAAUAUUUACGAAAUGUAUGAGAAGAAGGGUUGCUUUGAUGAAUGUGUAUUUUGUG